GGCAUCCAAUUGGAGCGGCGCUGGCACCGGGAGGGCUCCUCUCCCCUCCCUCCCCUCCCUCCCCUCCCCUCCCUCCUCCAGACCCCCCUGGCCGCCCUCUCCCACAAAAGCAGCGAAUUAACCGACUGAGGGGAAAACCACCCCAAAAUCCCUGGGAGGGGAGGGAAGGAGGAGGCCGAGGGGGAGCAGCAGCCAUGGCAGAGCACAAAUAACGCCCUGCACCCAUCGCUGCCCGCAGAUGCAUCCCCCGACCCCUCCGUGCGCAUCCCCAUGCAGGGGCCGCAGCUGCUGAGCUGCAUCCAGCGGGAGGAGGAGGAGGAAUGCCGGGCUGGCAGGGCGGCAGCAUCGCCUUUGUUCCCCUCUGAGCACCAGCAGCGGCUGAGCCCUUCCUGUGGGAUCUGCUGGCUCCAGCCCCUCCCCGAGGGCCAUGGGCACCACGGAGGCCACGCUGCGCAUGGAGAACGUGGAUGUGAAGGAGGAGUGGCAAGACGAGGACUUCCCCAGGCCUCUCCCAGAGGAGACAGGGAUGGAGUCACUGGGAAGCCCCACAGAAGACGAGACCACGUCCUCUCCCCCCAACACUUUGAACUUUAACGGGGCCCAUCGGAAGAGGAAGACUCUUGUUGCACCUGAAAUCAACAUUUCCCUGGACCAGAGCGAGGGCUCCAUCCUCUCCGACGAUUUCCUGGACACACCAGACGACCUGGACAUCAACGUGGAUGAUAUUGAAACCCCUGAUGAGACCGAUUCCCUCGAAUUCCUGGGGAAUGGCAACGAGCUGGAAUGGGAAGAUGACACCCCCGUGGCCACGGCCAAGAACAUGCCCGGGGACAGCGCAGACCUCUUUGGGGACGGGGGCACCGAGGAUGGCAGUGCCACCAACGGCCGGCUCUGGAGAACCGUCAUCAUCGGCGAGCAGGAGCACCGGAUCGACCUCCAGAUGAUCAAACCCUACAUGAGAGUGGUGACACACGGCGGAUACUACGGAGAAGGUCUCAACGCCAUCAUCGUCUUUGCUGCCUGCUACCUCCCGGACAGCAACCUGGCUGAUUAUCACUACAUCAUGGAAAAUCUCUUCCUAUAUGUGAUCAGCAGCCUGGAGCUGCUGGUGGCUGAGGAUUACAUGAUCGUCUACCUGAACGGGGCCACGCCCCGCAGGAGGAUGCCAGGCCUGGGCUGGCUGAAGAAAUGCUACCAGAUGAUUGACAGAAGGCUGAGGAAGAACCUCAAGGCCCUGAUCAUCGUGCACCCCUCGUGGUUCAUCAGGACCGUGCUGGCCAUCUCCAGACCCUUCAUCAGUGUGAAGUUCAUCAAUAAGAUCCAGUACGUGCACAGCCUGGAGGAGCUGGAGCAGCUGAUCCCCAUGGAGCACGUGCAGAUCCCAGACUGCGUCCUCCAAUAUGAAGAAGAGAGGAUCAAGGCCAGAAAAGAAAGGGCAGAGGAGAACAAAGACAUGGCUGAGAGGGAAAGCAGGCCUGUGCCCCCAGCAGAGGAUCAGGAGACCAGCAUGUCCUGAGUGGGAGCAGCACGGAGGAAUGGAGUAGGAGAAGGAGCAGCCUGGCACUCACCCACCUCAACGACCUUUGGGGACAAGACCUUGCCACCACCUUCUUCCAAGUCCUGUAAAUCCUGGAGCCUCCUCUGCCUCCAAGAUGCAAAGUCCUUUAACCUUUUGGGAAUCACUUUUCUCUCUUUUUAAAAAAAAAAAAAAAGAAGAAGAAGAAGAAAAACAAAAACCAAACAAACCCCCCAAAAAAUCAAAGCAAGAACAGCACUUUACAGGUUCUGGUGUGUUUAGGGAAUGGUCUGUGGGGAGCAUUGCCACGGUGCAAAUACUCACGGUGUAUCCUCGGAGUAAGUCAAGAGCAUCCUCCAGCCCAUGAAUCUCCAGCCCAGAAAGAGAAUUUAUUGUUGGUUUUGAUGACAAACCCUUUCCUUGGCUCGCUGCUGGCCAGUGAGGAGCCCUUUUGCUUUGAGCUGCACCUCCAAAAUCUGCCACCCCUGGGAACAACCACCACAGGCAACGGGAAGAGCUUUUCCCUCCUUUUUUCCACUCAGUGCGAGUUUCCUCCUGAGGAUUCCACGUGCCCACGGCCUCGGCAGCACUGCCAGCGUCCACCAUCCUCCAGAACUCAUCCCAGCAGGGAAUCCUGUGCUUUUCCCAUGGUUUUUUCCAUCCUGGUGCAGGAGGGGCUCAUCCAGCAGCAUUCCCACAUGGAAUUCCCUCAUGGAGAGGGCAGCAGGAAUCCCUCCUGAAAUUCCCUCAGAAGGGCCUCAUCCAGCAGCAUUCCCACCUGGAAUUCCCUCAUGGAGAGGGCAGCAGGAAUCUCUCCUGAAAUUCCCUCAGGACAGCCUCAUCCAGCAGCAUUCCCGCUUUCCUGAGCUCCCAGCUGUGUUUGGAGACAAACAGCAGCCAGGAAUUCCCAAAUUCCCACAGCAGAGCUGGGAUCCCUUCCUCUGGGGGUGUCCCAGGGGCUGAACAGCCCACAGAGGUGAAGGGAGGAUAAAAUCUUUUAAAGUUUCUGAUAAAAUCAAUUUUAAAGCUCACAAAGCUCCUCGUGGACCCAGAGGCUGGGACCUCACUGGGAACACUUCAAGCUGAUUUUCCUUUUUUAUUUUUUCCCUUUGUUUUUUAUGGAUUUUGUACAUCAAAACAGGUUCAGAAAUACUGCUGGGAUGGAAGAGGUGGAUGUGGGAGAUAAGGAAUCCAAUCUCCUUUCCUGGGGGGCUCUGCAUCCUCAGCAGUCUCCCCGCCAGAAUGGAAUUUGCUUUUUGGGCUGUUUCAUUCCUUCCCAAAACCACUCUGUCUGCACUUCCAGGGGAAAAAAAAUACAGAAUUCCUCCUCAGAAUGAGCAGAUCUGACAAUGAAGCUUCACAUUUUUCCAAGUAAUUCCUUCAGAGCAAGGGAAUUUCAGCUGGGAAAAGGACAGAUCCCAAAUUUCCCUUCACGAGAUGGGGGUGGGAGUUGUUUCCAUACAAAAAUCAAUUUUUAACUUAUUGGAAGGGAUUUUUUGGGGUUUUUUUUUGUUUGUUUCAAAAAGUGCCCUUUUCAUUUUCACAGUUUUAUAAGCACGUAAAGUUUAUGUUCAUGGAUGGAUGGAUGGAUACAUGGAUUAUGUUUUUGUCUUUUAACACAAUGAAGAACCUGCAGCCCCAUCAAGGAGAAAUCAAAAAUGUCAAAACUGCAUUUUAUAGCAGCCAAAAAAAAAAUCAUUAACUUAUUUCAACCAGUGAUUUCAGGCAUUGAUGGCAAAACUAAAAGCUACAAAUUCUUGGACAAAAAUAAAUACAAAAAAACCAAAAAAGGUCCCUGUCCCAAAGGUGGAGUGACAAAACUCAGCUGGAUGGGGAGAAAUCUGCACUGCUGCUGGUGGAAGUGCGUUUCCAGUCGAACUUUGACCAGUAUAUAAAUAUAUAAAUAUGUUUAAAGAAGAAAAUGAAAUAAAUUCAUCCCUUUAGCAAUACUGCUGGACUGCUCAGUGUCCCAAGCGUGCCCAGGCCCCACAGAACCAUCCCUGGAGGAUCAAGAUUUUCAUUUCUGAAUUCCCUGGAUUCUGUUGAGCACUUUCUGGUCUGAUUUGACUUUUUCCUGAGAUUUUUCCUUCCCGCUGAAUCCAUGGGAAGUCACAUUUUAGCUGCAGAAAAAGUUCUUUUAUGCCCAUCCUCACCGAAAUCCUGGUGUUUUCACUCGUUGUGUGUUUAAUGGCUGGACCUCAAUUCACCCCACAUCAGCCUGAAAAAUCUAAUUUCUUCCUGUUCAGCUCAUCCCAGAGCAGGAAUUCCCUUCCCCUCUCUUGGAGGAUUUAUGCCAGGCCCUCCUCAGCUCCAGGAAUUCCAUUUUCUGGUUUUUCCACCCAGAUUUGGGACUGAGCGUGAAUUUUUAUUGUGGUUCACAAGGAACCAAACCAGGGGAAGAAUUCAUCCCAAUUCUCUCUGUCCAGUGCUGUGUAAAUGUCAGUGGAUAUUUAGAGCUUCCCUCAUGGUCAUUUUUCCAUCUUUAUUUCCCCACAGAUGUGCAGAAAAAGUUUUUUAAAGGCAACAAAUCCAUUUUUUUAGAGGAUUUCAAAAACCCAGAGUCAAGGAAAGGCUGGUGGUGAUGAGCUGGGAUGGGCCUGGAGCAGGAGAAAGGGACAAAAACCCACAAAAAGCACAUUUUUCUCUUUUUUAUUUCCUUCCUUCCUGGCAGCCAGAAACGCAGCAGGUUUUGGCUAAGUGGAGUUGAGAACUCACCAUGACAAUAAACCACAAUCACAGGGGUUUUUUUUAUUUUAUUUUUGUUCCUUUCCAGCCCAACCCCAGCUGUACAAACGUGUGAAAUGUCAUUUUCUGCAGUGGUUGUAAUUAGGUGGUUUGUGCUAGCGGACUCUUCAUCUGUACCCUGAGCUUUGUAUUAUUCCAUAAAAUCUGUGGAUAUUCGAUUAAAAUGAGACUAAUCCUUCAGCCAA